UUAAGUGUGCAAGGUACACAUAUAAAAGCCCUAGUAUCUGACACUCAGGGAGGUGAAUCACGAUCAAGACAGUCAUGUUCUUGCUCAUCAGUUGUUUUGCCCUUGUGGCUUCUGCACUGGGGUGUGGAGUGCCUGCUAUCAAGCCCCAAGUGAGUGGAUACAACAAGAUUGUAAAUGGGGAGACUGCCGUGUCUGGAUCCUGGCCCUGGCAGGUUUCACUUCAGGACGGUUCAGGAUUCCACUUCUGUGGGGGAUCCCUGAUCAACCAGUACUGGGUCGUCACAGCUGCUCACUGCCGUGUGUCUCCUAGAAACCACCGUGUUAUCUUGGGAGAACAUGACCGUCAGUACAACAGUGAGCCAAUUCAGGUCAAGUCCAUUGCCAGGGCCAUCACUCACCCCUACUACAAUUCCCAGAACUUCAACAAUGACAUCACCCUUCUGAGACUGUCCUCCCCAGUGCAGAUGACAUCCCGUGUGUCCCCUGUGUGCCUGGCCUCCUCCAGCACCAGCAUCCCCUCUGGAACCAAAUGUGUCACCACUGGGUGGGGCAGGACAGGCCAAACCUCAAGCCCCCGCUUCCUCCAGCAGACUGCCCUGCCUCUGCUCAGCCCUGCUCAGUGCAAGCAGUACUGGGGUUAUAACAGAAUCACUGAUGCCAUGAUCUGUGCUGGUGCUUCUGGAGUGUCCUCCUGUCAGGGUGACUCUGGUGGCCCUCUGGUCUGUGAAAACAGUGGAGUGUGGUCCCUUGUGGGUAUUGUGUCAUGGGGUACCACUAACUGCAACGUGCGCGCCCCUGCCGUGUACGCCCGUGUGUCCUAUCUGCGCAGCUGGAUCGACCAGACUGUUGCUUCCAACUAACUUCAUCAUUCUGCUCCUCCCUGUGAUCAGUGUUUGACCUCUGUACAGCAUCAACAUUAGCUUACACAAGGGUGUUACUGCUGCCACUGACUUUAAAUGGUAGCAUCCACACAGUGAGCUGCUAUGUUUGGUGCAUUUAUGAGAAUAAAUAUUAAAAAGUAUAAAAUAUAACACUU